AACGCACUAUGACUCAAUUACUGGUGUAACUCUAAUCUUUGGGUGUUCUGAAAGUAAAAGAGUGAUGCAGGACAACAGUGGAUUAAACAUUAUCAGAAGCAUAAGUAGGGGAGUGGAAGAUGUGCUCUCCAUUGGUAGUGGUGGCAGCCCUUAUCAGCGAAGCAGCCCCGGCGCUUUGGCUGACGAAGAGGCCUUGCGAUGGGCUGCUUUGGAGAAACUGCCCACCUACAACCGAGUUCGAACAACCAUCUUCAAGAAUUUUAAUAUUUCAGCUGAUCUGAAAGACCGAACACCAUCUGAGAGGUUGUUGUUGGAUGUCAGAGAGCUCGACGCAAAAGCACAUCAAGAGUUCAUUGACAAGAUAUUCAAGGAUGCUGAAGAGGAUAAUGGAAAGUUCUUGACAAAAUUCAGAGAGAGGGUUGAUAGGGUUGGCAUAACUCUUCCAACAGUUGAAGUGCGAUUUCAAAACUUGAUCAUCGAAGCAGAUUGCUACGUCGGUGAUAGAGCACUUCCAUCACUACCAAACGCGGCCAGAAAUAUGGUCGAAUCACUUCUAGGAUCUAUUGGAAUCAGUUUGUCUAAGAAAACAAAAAUCACCAUUCUUAAAAAUAUAUCAGGGAUAAUCAAACCUUCAAGAAUGGCCCUUCUAUUAGGUCCUCCAUCUUCUGGGAAGACAACUCUUUUGUUGGCUUUGGCAGGAAAGCUCGACUCCAGCUUAAAGGUUGAAGGAGAUAUCACUUAUAAUGGCCAUAAGCUCAAUGAAUUUGUACCACAAAGGACGUCUGCCUACAUAAGCCAGUACGAUGUUCAUGCCGGAGAAAUGACAGUUAAGGAAACAUUAGAUUUCUCAGCAAGAUGCCAAGGAGUCGGGUCAAGAAUGGAAUUGUUGGCGGAGCUCGCAAGAAGAGAGAAGCAAGUAGGGAUUUACCCAGAAGCUGAUAUCGACCUUUUCAUGAAGGGAACUGCCUUAGAAGGAGAUGCUAGCAGUUUGAUUACUUACUAUACUCUAAGAAUACUAGGCCUGGAUAUCUGUCGGGACACCUUAAUUGGCGACGUAAUGAGACAAGGAAUAUCUGGUGGACAAAAGAAGCGAGUAACUACGGGAGAGAUGCUUGUUGGGCCAGCAAAAACUUUGUUUAUGGACGAGAUAUCCACAGGUCUAGACAGCUCCACCACAUUUCAGAUAGUGAAGUGCUUGCAACAAGUUGUACACCUCACUGAUUCAACAAUCUUCAUGUCCCUACUACAACCUGCUCCUGAGACUUUUGAUCUUUUUGAUGACAUAAUAUUACUAUCGGAAGGACAAAUUGUAUAUCAAGGACCACGAGAAUAUGCGCUUGAAUUUUUUGAAGAUUGUGGAUUUAGGUGUCCUGAGAGAAAGGGCAUUCCUGACUUCUUGCAAGAGGUUACCUCUCGAAAGGAUCAAGAGCAAUAUUGGGCAGACAGAAGCAAACCAUAUACAUAUAUCCCAGUUUCCGAAUUUGUAGAGCGGUUCAAGCAAUUCCAUGUGGGUGAGAAGCUGAACGAUGAGCUUUCAAUCCCAUAUGAUAGAAACCAAAGCCACAAAGCAGCUUUAGUCUUCAAGAAAUACACGGUACCAAAAAGGGAGUUGCUUAAGGCCUCAUGGAAUAAAGAAUGGCUACUGAUGAAAAGAAACAGUUUCAUUUACAUUUUUAAGACUAUACAGUACAUCAUAUUAUCCUGUACUGCAAUGACUGUGUAUUUUAGGAGUAGAAUGCACACAAGGAAUGAAGAAGACGGAUCAAUAUAUACAGGAACACUUUUGUUCAGCUUGCUCCUAAACAUGUUUAAUGGUCUUGCUGAAAUUUCCUUUAUCAUAAUAAGGCUUCCCGUAAUUUUUAAACAAAGAGACCUUCUUUUCCACCCACCAUGGGCUUACACACUUCCAACAUUCUUGCUUCGUCUACCAUCAUGCUUGUUAGAGAGUAUCUUGUGGAUGGCUAUAGUAUAUUACGGUGUUGGUCUUGCCCCCGAAGCUAGCAGGUUCUUCAAGCACUUCCUAUUGGUUUUUAUGAUCCAAAACGUGGGAGGGGCAUAUUUUAGAUUUAUUUCUGGAAUAUGUAGGACAAUGAACAUUGCAAACACAGGUGGAACCCUUGCACUUCUCUUAAUAUUUCUUUUGGGUGGUUUCAUCAUUCCUAGAUCUCAACUUCUUGAUUGCUGGGAGUGGGGAUAUUGGGUAUCGCCAUUGUCCUAUGGCUUCAAAUCCUUAGCGAUCAAUGAGUUCUUUUCGCAUAGGUGGAUGAACAAAAUGAGUACGGACAAUACAACUAGACUUGGCAUAGCAAUACUAGAAAACAUGGAUAUCCCAACUCAAGAAAGUUGGUUCUGGAUAGGUUUUGCUUCUCUUGUAGGUUUUGCAGUUCUCUUCAACAUCCUUUUCACUUUUGCUCUCAUGUAUUUAGACCCCCUUGGAAAACAACAAGCAAUCAUCUCCAAAGAAGCAUCUAUGGGAAUGCAAGCUAAAAAAGACGGAUCUACAGAAAAGGAACUUGUAAGAAGUCAAUCUGGCUCUUAUGAUUCCAAGGCUCCUAAAAAAGGAAUGAUUCUUCCAUUUACUCCAUUAUCCAUGUCAUUUGAUAACAUGAACUAUUUUGUUGAUAUGCCUCGAGAAAUGCGAGAACAAGGAGUGACUGAAAAUAGGUUGCAAUUACUUUGCGAGGUAAGUGGUGCUUUUAGGCCCGGAGUAUUAACUUCUUUGAUGGGAGUUAGUGGAGCUGGUAAAACAACAUUGUUAGACGUUUUAGCUGGAAGAAAGACAAGUGGUUAUAUUGAAGGAGAUAUUCGAAUAUCAGGAUAUCCAAAGAAACAAGAAACAUUUGCUAGAAUAUCUGGAUAUUGUGAGCAAAAUGAUAUCCACUCUCCCAAUAUCACUGUUUAUGAAUCUUUAAUUUAUUCGGCUUUCCUUCGGCUCCCAAAAGAAGUCAGUGACGAAGAGAAGAUGAUUUUUGUACGUGAGGUGAUGGAGCUUGUUGAACUAGACAAUCUCAAGGAUACUGUAGUGGGACUUCCAGGAAUUAGUGGUUUGUCAACGGAACAAAGAAAGAGGCUAACAAUUGCUGUAGAGCUUGUUGCUAAUCCUUCAAUAAUUUUCAUGGAUGAGCCGACUUCUGGGCUUGACGCAAGAGCAGCAGCCAUUGUAAUGAGGACGGUGAGAAACACUGUUGAUACAGGGAGAACUGUUGUGUGCACCAUCCAUCAACCUAGUAUCGAUAUCUUUGAAUCAUUUGAUGAGUUACUACUACUGAAAAGGGGUGGGCAAAUGAUCUAUGCAGGACCACUUGGGAGGAACUCAAGAAAUAUUAUAGACUAUUUUGAGGAAAUCCCUGGGAUUUCAAAGAUGCCAGAUAAAUACAAUCCAUCAACAUGGAUGUUGGAAGUCACUUCCACUGUUGUAGAGAGUCGACUUGGGAUUGAUUUUGCUGAACACUUCAAAUCAUCAGACUUGUAUCAAAAGAACGCGGAAUUAGUGAUGCGGUUAAGCACACCUCCUCCAGGAGCAACAGAUCUCCAUUUUAGUACACAGUAUUCUCAAUCUUCUUGGGGACAAUUCAAGUCUUGUAUAUGGAAGAUGUGGUGGAGUUAUUGGAGAAAUCCCGAUUAUAACCUUGUACGCAACAUCUUUACAUUCGUUGCAGCACUCCUAGUUGGAAUAACAUUUUGGAAGAUUGGUGAAAAGAGGGAGAGCAGCAACAAUGUGAACACUAUCGUUGGGGCAUUAUAUGCUGGAGUGUUCUUUGUUGGUAUGAACAAUUGCCAAACAGUGCAGCCUGUAGUAGCCUCAGAAAGAACGGUCUUUUAUCGAGAAAGAGCAGCUGGAAUGUACUCAACAUUACCAUACGCUUUGGCACAGGUCCUCGUGGAAAUACCAUAUGUAUUUGUUGCAACAACAUAUUACACUUUGAUAGUGUAUGCCAUGGUGUCCUUCGAAUGGUCAGCAACCAAAUUUCUUUGGUUCUUUUUCAUCAACUUCUUUUCAUUCCUAUAUUUUACAUACUAUGGAUUGAUGACGGUUGCCCUCACACCAAACGAUCAAAUAGCAGCCGUAGUAGCUGUUUUAUUCUACGGGCUCUUUAAUUUCUUUUCGGGGUUUUUCAUCCCAAGACCCAGAAUUCCAAAAUGGUGGGUAUGGUACUACUGGAUAUGUCCCAUAGCCUGGACUGUUUAUGGGUUCAUCAUUUCACAAUACCAUGAUGUCGAGAACACGAUCACUGUGCCUGGGAUGUCAUAUGACCCGCCCAUGAAUUGGUAUAUCAAAGAUCACUUCGGAUUUAGAUUAGAUUUCAUGGGUCCCGUUGCCGCAGUUCUAGUUGGUUUUUGUGUGUUAUUUGCUUUCAUAUAUGCCUUCUGCUUAAGGACCCUGAAUUUCCAAGUCAGAUGAUCAUACAUCACUUAUUUCUAAGUAUGUCUAUGCACUUCUUUUGGAAUUCAAUUUGAUAACUUUUUUAUUUAAUCUUUUCUUUAGUUUAAAAAUCGUGUUUAGGGUGUCCUUAACGGGGAUAUUGAAAUUUUGUAUAUUUAAAUUUGUAUGUAUCUAUGUUGCUAUUUUGAUAUUGUUUCCUUUUAA